AGUAUACAACUAGUACUAGACAGUGUUAGACAUACCCAAAAGCAAAGCUUGGAUUUUCUUUGCAUUCAAUUCACCAAAUCCUUUUCAGGGUGGUUUUCAAGCAUUUAUACUCAUAUUCAUUGUUUUGGUGCAAUAAUUCCUCCUCAAGAUCUGUAAUUUUGGUUCAAAGGCACAAGCUUUUUGCUGCUGCUGGGUCUGUCUGUGUAGGGAGGAACACAACCAGAAACAUGGAGGUGGGUCAGAUGCAGAGACAGUGGGUUGACUACACCAAGUCCUUGUUUCUCGAGGGGCUUUUGGAUGGGCAGUUUUUGCAGCUUCAACAGCUUCAAGAUGAGAGCAAUCCAGAUUUUGUUGUGGAAGUUGUGUCUCUUUUCUUUGAUGAUUCUGAGAAGCUUCUCAAUGAUAUCACCAGAGCUCUGGAGCAGACAAGUGUGGACUUCAAGAAAAUUGGUGCCCAUGUUCACCAGUUCAAGGGUAGCAGCUCCAGUGUUGGAGCACAAAGAGUUAAAAAUGGCUGCGUUACCUUCCGCAACUUAUGUGAAGAACAGAACAUUGAAGGGUGCAUCAGAUGUCUUCAACAAUUAAAGCAAGAGUACUACCUUGUGAAGAACAAGCUUGAAACUCUCUUCGCAAUGGAGCAACAAAUUGUGGCUGCUGGUGGGUCAAUUCCUAUGUUGGAAUUAAAUUUCUAAGGCUACAAUUUGUGAGAGGAAAACAAGAAAGUCGGGGGGUUGUAGAGAUUCUCUUCAUGGUUAGUGUAUAAGACCUCUCUAAAUUGAUUGAAAGUUCUCUUUCACUGAUGAAUUAUGCUUGUAUGAAUUUUGUUGAAAGGAGUUUUCUGUCUGCUACAACUUCGUAAUGAACCUUCAAGGCUUUAAUAAGCUUGUUACCUUUGUAACUUAUGCUUCUUUUCUUACUUUGCUAAAUUUUUUACUAGAAUAUCAUGCAUUGGAAAUCUUUUUCUAACUGCU